AGCCGCCAAACUGAUCGCGGGUUCAGCAUCCCAUACCACAACGAUACUAGAUCGAUAUAAUGUUGUUAUGAUUUUGAAUAAAGCAGGAGUGUUUAGUGUAAAUGUGAUGAACCAGCGGUGUGUUUGUGAAUGAAGCUGAUACUUAAGCCACUACCUGGCGUUUGACCCUACAUCAAUCACACUUCGCCAUAGAUCAAUUGGCUUCCGACGGCACUAGAGGCUGUGCUCUUGUAUACAGUAGACUCGCACACAGCUGCCGUAGCAGUACCUAUACCCGGACGUAUAUAUUAACAGUACGACCACGAGUAACAUCGGGUUCGAAAAAAUUGACCCAACUUUCUUCAUACAAGUUGUGUGGUAUGUGCUCUAUUGUUUUGUGAUGUGAUAUCAGUUGUUGAGGCGACACCAAGACGACGAGAACGGAGUAACACACUUGCGUGAUUCAUAAACUACGCUAACCUGGGUGUGACAAUACUAACCUAACUUUGGAGUAUAGUAGGUGUACCUGUUACCUUGGUUAUAGUUUACAUGCGCGUUCUAGGUGUCCUUGACGGCAUAUUUUACCACUGAAUUGUGAAUGAAUCGUAUUUAAAGGAGUGUUCUUGCAAAUUGCUUUUCAGUUAAAUAGGAUUAAUUAAAACAUUGAACUCUGGACUUUAAUCUCAGAGGAUUACGUUACAGACUAGAGACAGACGACAUGAAGGGCACAACAACAGUUCGGCAAAUAACAGCCGAAUAAUAUUUUAUGGAAUUAUUCGCAUUGAAGUUGUGUGAGGAAAUGAGUUAAGUCAUCGCACGAUUUCUGAAUAGACAGUUCCAGUCAUCGCUUCAUUGUGUCGGUACACCUUUGUUCACUGUCAACAUGUCUCGGUAUAGUUGUUACACCUAUGAAAAAAUUGUCUGUGGUUCCCGAUAAUAAGUUUCCAGAAACGUGAGUUAAGUUAUUUUGGUACCUCAAUAUUUAAGCAUUAUUUAUUUUCCUGGUUCUCUCUUGGCGAUCAGUCGACCUUAUUAUCAGCUUUGCAGUGCCCAAGGUUUACAAAUUAAGAGAAAGUCAACCUCGUCACGUCAGCGCCAGCGCCGGGUGCUCGGGCAAUAAUUCAAACAUAACCAGUGAUCACAACAACACAGCGAGAAGAGGCAAGGAAUAUUCGUCGAGAGCUGUCAGUGGUAAAUGUUGAUUUGCUAUUUGGUGUGGGUAGAAAAGAUGUGGACGUUACAUUGCCGCCGUGGAUGGCACACAGUACAUGUAAACGCGGUAAUGGAUCUUAUUUGUCAACCAUAAGGCUCUUCUGUGACACGUGGAACUACUACUGUCAAAUCUAUAUAACCAUGAAAAGCUCUCUUUGUUGGAUCUACUGGAUUAUCAAGUGGUCCUCCAUACUCCUUGUCGUUCCGUUUUCUCAAGGACACCAUAAAAGAUCGUGGCGACAAGCGUCCCACACGCCGAAAGUGCGAGGUCUCAACUAUUUCCGUAAUCACGCAAGACCGAUUUUCCUGCCGACCAAACAGAACGUCACCGUACAUUUGGGCCAGACAGCUCACCUCAAGUGCAAGAUAAAAUACCUGGGCACAAAAGCUGUUCAGUGGCGGAAAAUACCUCACAGCUAUCCAUUAACGAUCGGAGAUAUGCCGUUUUCCCCGCGGGAAGAAAUUAGUAUAAACCAUCGAGACCUAGACGAGUUUGUGUCGCAGUGGACCCUAGUCAUCAAGGAGACCAAACCUGACGACACGGGCAGUUACGAAUGUAAAGUGAGCGCCAGUGAAACUUUCACAUAUACAGUAAAUCUUGUCGUUCUAGAUAAACCUGCGUAUAUUGAAAAAACUAUCUGGCUGCAGGGAACGGAGUUCGUAAGUCUUAGCCAGAUGAUAAACCUUACGUGUAAUGCCACUGGUGUCGACCGAGCACCAGAACAUAUAGACUGGUUCCAUAACGGCCACAUUGUGCACCAAAGUGACCCCAAGUGGCGGGAUCGGCUCAGGAUAUCAAUGUUCCAACCGGAAGUUCCGGGGAGAUCACUAAUUAGUCAGCUGAUUAUAGACUUCAGUCGUCUAACAGAUCAAGGGAACUAUGUCUGCCGGAGCUCGGAAAAGAAAACCACGAGUAUAAACGUGCAUGUUCUCAACGGGGGUCGUUUUCCUCCAAAAGAAAGCGGUGGUAGGUUUGUGAUGACAGAUGGAACAAACGGUGGAAAUAAAGCUGAAAAAGACAAUAUAAAGAAAAGAUAUGAUAAUGAACGUUCGCGAACCUCUAUUCCAGAUGAGCGAGAAAGCCAAGCAGCACACCUUACUUCGAACUCUGUGUUACUCUUUCUAUCAUUAUUACUGGCGAUAAGAUGACAUAACCAUCAAGUCUAAUCACCUACUGAAAUGUGCCUUUACUCUGGAUAUACACCUCUUGUAAAUUCGUCCAAACAUGCCACAGCGUUCACCGCUCCGGAACUAGGGUUUAUUUUUCGCCCAAGUAUGGGUAAAGUGGGACGGGACUAAUGGUGAAAUGUGGUCGCGUUAAUAUCAUACACGGACCCAAAUCAUGGACGUGCGUGCUGACCACACUCGUUGACAGAGGACUGUGACUUAUACCCAUUCUGUCCUGGGUACAGUUUUCUCCGAAAGGUACUGAUGUUACAAGUUGACAUUAUCAAAAUGUGUUGGCUUAUUAAGGCUACUAGUGUGAAAGUAUGCAACAUGACGGUAUAUAGUUCACCGACAUGUCUACUGGUAGUGCCAGUCUAUACCGUCUAAGCGGCGAAUGUGGAAUUCUGUUCACCUCUUAAUGACGUUGGAAAAACGACAUAUUAAUUAGAUUAUUGAGAGAACUGAAGAUGUUUUACAUGCAUGACCCAAACCAGCGACUUAACGUGUGGCACGUCGUGCACUAUGCACCAUGCAACACGUAGUCAUUGACUGUAAGCCAAUAGCAAGCAAACCAACACAUGACGGAUUCCAUAAGCCUCUAUCCAUAUAAGGUGUCGCUCGUUUUAUAAGACAGUCCGGAGAGUAUGAAACGCAAAUAUAAAGAAACAAAUUAGUCAAUGUUGUGACACAAACGUGAACUCCCCUAUUUAUUUCUCAAAAACCAAAUAAUAUGAAUGAACACAAAAUGUAUUUCAUAUCAUCCUUUUGUACCAUCUAUUCUCAGGUUGGCUCUGACUCGUCUCAUUAGGGACCUUAUAUUUUGCAGCACUGCAAAGAUCGUUGUAAUAAUGUGAUUAUUUAAUAAAUAUCAUACCAGACUUGUGUAAAGUUAUACUGGAAAGUAAACGGGAAAAAUAAUAUCAGCUUAUAAUAUUUACAACAGUUUUGCAAAAAGUUAUUUGCAUAAUAGGAAUAUCAUACUGAUAUGUUUUCCAUAUAUUUGUUUUUCCAAGUUAAUGUGCAAUAUUUUAGUAUUAUUAUCAUAAAGGUUUAUGUUUACUCUACCUAUGCCGGGUAUCUGCAGUUAUAAUAUACUAAUUAUAUGGUAUCGCAUUUUGUUGAAGAAUAUGUAUUCAUUAUAAUAAGUAACAAUGCUGUAUCAUUUCAUACAUGGUCAUUCAUUAUUAUGUGAGCAACAUUACUUUGGCUAGGUGAAACAUUGACAAAAGCAUGAUAUUCAUAUUUUCCUUCAUUUACGUUAUUGUAAUCGAGGGUGUCAGUGAAAAACUAUGAUGACAGUGUUAUGUGUAAACCUGAAUGCCCAAAAAUGAAGAAAAACAAAUUCAGGUCCCUCCGCUUUAAUAAGUCAAUAGCCAAUGAUACAAAAGACAAACGAUUCUCAAUCAAUCCUUCUGUAUAGUCUAAUAGCCAUGUUGUACGCCAGGGUGCCGCGGUGAUAAAGUGCUUAAGGCGUUCGACAUUCUGCUACCUCUAGCCUUCCACCACUGUGUCGCGGGUUCGAGACCUAAGGCCGGUAGUCAACAGGUACUGGCCGUAGGUCGUUGG